AUGAGGGAAGCUGAAACCCUUGCUGAUAAGGAAAAGUGGAAAGAAUUCAAUGCUCUCCUGGCCGUCAUGAUCUAUGGAUUAGUGAUGUUCCCGAAUAUUCCAAAUUUUGUUGAUCUCACUGCCAUUUGUCUCUUCAUGGAUCAAAAUCCUGUACCCACUCUGUUGGCCGACACUUAUUAUGCCAUCCAUUCUAGGUAUGGAAAAAAGGGAUCAGUUGGGGGUUGUUUGCCAAUACUGUACGAAUGGUUUUCUUCACAUUUGCCUAAAAGCGGAGCAUUUGUCACUACAAGAGAUUCACAGAAGUGGCCCCAAAGGAUUAUGGGACUUACUGCAAAUGAUAUUGUUUGGUAUCACCUCCGAACGGACAUUGAGCAAGUUAUAACCAGAUGUGGAAGUUUUGGCAAUGUUCCUCUCAUAGGGACGAAAGGAGUUAUCAACUAUAAUCCGAAGCUAGCACUGCGCCAGUUGGGUUUUGUACUGAAGGACAAGCCGUUGGAUAAAGAGAUAUUUGAGUCCGUUUGCUUUGAAAAAGGAACCGACCCAGAUGGUUUGGAGAAAGUAAGGAGUGCGUGGAACAAAAUUCAUACAGAAGACCGAACUACCUUGGGGGGAAAGAAUGCUAUUGCUAAGAAAGCUUAUACUGAAUGGGUUGAAGAAAGAGUUAAGGAGCGCCUGCUGCCUUUCCCGAAGGUUAGCCCUCUAUAUGAACAACCACCAGAGAUUUUAACUGCCACUGUACCAGCUGAGGAGUACAACCAAGUACAUGUAGAGAAUAUCAGAGUUCAAAAAAGGGCCAGAACUGAAAAGGGUGAAAGAGCUACCACUGUUCGUAUUGAGGACCAUCAAAGGGUUAUAGAAGAAGCGGUAAAGAAAGCAGAAGAAAAGCUCAAGCAAGAGUAUAGAGAAGAUUUAAGGGCUCACAAGCUCAGAGUAGAGAAAGAGGCUAGGGCCGAGAUAAAGGGUUUGAAAAAGAAGCUGGAAGAGGAAACCACUCAGAGGGUAGCAAUCAAGAAGAAGCUUGAAGAGGAAAUUACUCAAAGGUUAGCCGUGGAGACACAACUUAAAGGUAGUCAUCUCCGUUCCGCUCGACUAACAGAAGAGAAUGCAAAGCUCAGAAACCAGAUAGCAGAAAUGGAAAGUACAUCUGAAAAGAAUACCCUCCCUGAUUGCAAAGGAUGUGAGAGCUUGGUGGCCCACUGUGAUAUGUUAGAUGGGCAGCUGUUUCGCAAAGAUGUGAUGGAUUAG